CCAGUGAGCAGCAGGCGGUAGGUAGAUCAGCCUGUCCUCUGGAUAGGCCACACCCUUGCGCCCCACAGCCGCGGGGCGUGGGGCUGGGAUUAGAGGCCUGCUGUCCCCUCCGGGCCAGAACUGAAACCCAAGUCAGGAUUAGAAAGAUUUGGUCCCCGGCCUGGGGCGGGGGCUUCAGGCCUCACCUGGGCAGGUGUGGACUGGGGCCAGUCACGCGGGCCUGGCCAGAAGUCUCCCCGAGCCCACCAGCGCCUGGUACCUGCUCCUUCCCGCCCCAAAGGCAGCACCGGGAGGAGGGCGCCGUGUCCUCCCCUAACCCUGGUCUCCCUCCCACGCCCCAGUUUGAAAGAAAGCAGGGAAACUGAGGCGGACUGCUAUGCGGGAGGGGGUGAGGGUGUGCAGAGAGAAGCCAACUUCCCUCCCCCACCGCGACUCCCCAGUCCCCCAGGUGGCCGUGGGGGACCAGGGAGCCAAGGUCACCUGGGGGCGGGGCGGGUUCCCAGGCGCAGCGCCAGUGUCUGGCGGUUCCCACGGGCGCCCCUGCGGCAGAUGGGCCCGGGCCCUUUGUCCCCGUCCGCGGCAGCCACAAGGUGUUGCGUAACCUCCAAAAGGGCGGCUCUCCAGGAGCAGGUGUGGACCAGGGCGCUGGCUGCCCAGCAGGCCGGAGCUGGCUGGUGCUGACCUGAAGGCGGAGGUGAAAGGUCGCCUCGGCCAGGCCUUCUACUGCGGUUAAAAGUUAACAGGCCCGGAGCCCGGGCGUGCAUGCAGAGAGCGCCUAAUAGAUGCGCUACGCGCUGGGGCCUGGCCGAGGGGCGGGGACAGGAGGCAGCUGGGCUGCCCAGAGUGACAUCUGCAGUCCAGCCGGCCGUGCCCUCCCCGUGCGGCACAGAAAGAAAAGGAGACUCAGGGGGGGAGGGCUGGCGGGGAGGGGGCCUCUCCUGCCGCCCCAGCGCCUCGGGGUCGCGGCGCCACGCCCCAGAGGCCCGCAGUCCCCUGACCGCGCCCGCCCCGGCCCCAGAGGCCUGCGCCCCUUCUCCCUGGAUGGCUCGGCACCAGGUGUUCAGCCAGGCGGAGCGGGGUGGGGGCAGCGGCGACUUUCGAGAGGAGGCAGACACGAUCCCGCGUGCCGCGCGCAGCGGAGCGGGACCUGGGUGUGCGCGCGUGUUCGGCGCAGGGGCGUGACCCCAUGCAACGCCCCCGUCUACACGUUCCCACUGCACAGGACCCCCGAAAGGCUCCCGCCCGGAGUGCGGCGAGAGGGGUCGCCCGGAGGGCGGAGGAGCGGCGCUGCAGCCGCGGCCGGAGGUGGAGGCGGGCCCUGGAGCGACAUGUUGGAGAGGCCAGAGAAGGGCAGAGGGCGGCGCGGCCCCGCAGGGGUUAAGGCCGGAGCUGGCGGGGACGGGGUGGGGGAGGGUCAGGCAAGCGGCCCGCGCUCCGCCCCCGCCCCUCCCGCUGGCCGGGACGCCGGGCGCCGCGAGCGGCCACCCAUGCCCUUAUAAGGGCGGCCGUCGC